AACUGUGACGGGCCGCCUGGCCCCGUUUUCACCCUGGAAGCUCCGCCCGCUCGCCAUGCAGCUUCUCAGCCCUCAUUCAAAACAGAACACAGCUGUUGCGAGGAGCAGCGCUCCACUUCUUGUCGGCUAGUUUUCUAAUGCCCUCUGAUGUACACUGGAAUUCCAGGCGCAGACAGAGACAAUCCGCGCGGUUCGAGAUAACAUCCGCUGGCCUCGGGAGAAACACAGAAGGAGAAUCGGACAGGAAUCCAGAACAAUAGGCAACUUCACGGCAAGCACAAUGCGAAUCUGACACACAUUUUUAGAGCCAGACAGGCUUUCCUGCAGCUGAAGAUGAUGAAUGGUCUCCCACGCUAGUCCUUGAUGCUAUGGGAAUGAUGGACCUCCCUAAUGGCCAACCAAGUGUCACCACCACCGCUCUGACAGUCUCUGAGAAGAGCAGCAGCUCAGAGUCUCUUAGUGAAAAGGCGUCUUCAGAGCUGAAGAAAAGUUUCGAUGCAGUCGUGUUUGAUGUGUUGAAGGUCACUCCUGAGGAAUAUGCAGGCCAGAUUACACUCAUGGAUGCUCCGGUCUUCAAAGCCAUUCAGCCAGAGGAGCUGGCUAGCUGUGGCUGGAACAAGAAAGAGAAACACCGCUCUGCUCCAACUGUGGUCGCCUUCACCCGCAGGUUCAAUCAGACGAGCUUCUGGGUGGUACGAGAGAUCCUCCACGCGCAGACAUUAAAGAUCAGAGCUGAAGUGCUGAGUCUUUACAUUCGCACUGCCAAGAAACUCUGCGAUAUGAACAAUCUCCAUGCAGUCAUGGCUGUGGUGUCAGGCUUACAGAGCGCCCCCAUCUUCAGGCUGACUAAAACAUGGGCGUUACUGAGUCGGAAGGACAAGAUGACGUUUGAUCGCCUCGACUUCCUGAUGUCCAAAGAAGACAACUAUAAACGCCUGAGAGACUUCAUAAGCAACCAGAGUAUGGUCUCUUGCAUCCCGUAUCUAGGGAUGUACCUGUCUGACCUGACAUACAUCGACUCGGCGUACCCUUCCACGGGCAGCAUCCUGGAAAAUGAACAGAGGUCCAACCUGAUGAACAACAUUCUCAGAAUCAUCUCGGACCUGCAGAGGUCUUGUAAUUAUGAUGUGCCGGUGUUGCCUCAUAUACAGAAGUAUCUAAACUCAGUCACCUACAUCGAGGAGCUGCAGAAAUUUGUGGAGGACGACAAUUAUAAAUUGUCCCAGAGGAUUGAGCCAGGGACCAGCACACCCAGAGCCAAUGCCUCCAAAGAAGAUCUAGUUGGCCAGGAAGCAUCUGCAUCUCCACUCUGCAGCCGCAAGAGCUCGGCUGAUGCAACCAAAGUUCCCGCCACCCCACCAUCUCCCAGGAACCUGCUGCCCUACGGACACAGGAAGUGCCACAGCCUGGGCUACAACUUUAUCCACAAAAUGAAUACAGUCGAGUUCAAGAGUGCAACCUUCCCAAAUGCUGGUUCCCGCCACCUGUUGGACGACAGUGUCUUGGAGAGCCACAGCCCCACCAGAGGACAGGCGGAGAGCUCCACUCUGUCCAGUGGGAUCUCACUCGGCAAGUGGAGCAGCGAGGGCUCAGAACUCAGCGAGGAGAUGUCUUGGCCGGCUUUUGAAAGGACCCGCUUCUAUCACUCUCUGGGCCCAGUGACCCGCAUGGCCCGCAUCCCAUACAGAGGAGUCCUAAGGCCCAGCAGCUCGGCGGAGUCCGAGGACCUCGCAGUUCACUUGUACCCGGGAGCGGUCACGGUGCAAGGGGUGCUGAGGCGGAAAACUGUGCUCAAAGAGGGCAAGAAACCAACCGUGGCGGCGUGGACUAAAUAUUGGGUCGCUCUUUGUGGAGCCCAGCUCUUCUACUAUCCCGCCAAAUCGCUCAAGGCCACCGAGAGGAAACAUUUCAAGUCCACAUCCAGCAAAAGCGUGAGUGUGGUCGGUCUCAUGACCAUGAUGGCCGACGACCCGGAGCACCCUGACGUCUUUCUGCUGACCGACUCUGAGCACGGUAACACCUACAAGUACCAGGCAGGGAACAGAAUGAACGCUAUGCUUUGGUUCAAGCAUCUGAGUGCUGCCUGUCAGAGCAACAGACAGCAGGCACCAGCUAAUCUGAUGUCAUUUGAGUGACACUCAGCAGCACACGAGAGCAAAGAAGAAAGGGACGAGGACGAGCACCGACUCAGUAGUGGGAGCUUACACUGCCACGAGCCACGUCAGCUGACUCAGCGUUUCUAGCCUCCGUCUCGCUGCGGCCUCACCUGCCACCACUGCCUUAACCAGAGUCCCCUUGUGUGUUGAUGUGUGUGUGGAUUAAAAAGAGACUGUUUUGGAUGCAUUGACUACUGAACAAGGACCUGCACCACUGCUCUCGUCUUCUGCUCUUGAGUUCAACUUGUCGGCUUUCACCCGCCGAUCAUUCCUGAGGUUUUAGGAAUGUUUCUUUCCUCUCGUUUCUCUUUCUCCUCACAGGUGCAGACGGGUUUCGUCGUACUCCUUUUCCAUUUUCAGAAGUGACAUCUCUUUUUUACACACCUCCUUUGGACUAACCCACUUGGACAUCAAAGAGUCUGACAACACUUUCUGAUGUGUUACAUUUAAUUAUUGCCCCCCCGCGGUCAUUUGGGUGGGCGCACAGACAGACACUCUUUUUAUUGCAUCACUGAAAUCCUAAGGGCUCUGUCGCUCUCAGUUCCAGCCGGAACAGGGCUCACGUCUCCGGAAUGUUCUCAGCUUUUCUUACUAAACUUUAGUCCUUCUUUUUUCUCCAGUUACAACAAUAAUGUUCUGCCUGAUUGUUUGUAUAACUGCAUAGGGAGACAGUUCAUGUGGUACGAUCAGCUCAACUCCUUUUCUUCGCUGACUCCAGCUCAUAGAAGUGCUGGAUUUAUGGGACUCACACAAAACACUAAAACAUGAAACUGUGAAAAGGUCCAUGAUGGAGAGCAAAAGGAACUCAGAAAGCGUCAUUUUAAUGAUCCUCCUCAUCGAUGGAUAAUCUGGUCUGGAGGAGAACUCGAAGCUACAAUCUGUUAAAUUCCUCUUUAUUGUUUCUUCUUUUUUGUGGUGUUUUAGCAGGGUGAGGUGGACUUCACAGUAUUACUAUGUAGUAAAUGAUUGCACAGCUAUGUAGGUUGGUCUGUUACGUUUGAAUGUUACAUUGUGUUUUCCUUUUGCAACAUUUAUUUUAAAGUUUUUAUUACCUUUUUUCGUUUGUUUUCUGCAUGUUAGUUGCUCUUUCUGCUAUGAACCAGCCUAGAAAACUGAUAUGAAAGUGGCACCUUAGUAAGGAUUGGUGCCAUGCAACAAUAGCAUGACUCUUUUUUUUAAUUCAAGCUGACCAAAUGGUAUGAAUUUGAAAGCUUAGCUGGGAUGGAGUGUAGACACUAGCGGAAAAUCUAUUUUUUUGUGCAUCUAAGCUGUAUCAGUGAGCCACAGGAAGACAGUAGCUGUUUGUUCGGGUGAGAACAGGAGCAAUAAGCUGUUGAGGACAAUGAUGGAGUGCUUUUUGCACCCAGUAAUAUCCAAAACCUGAUAUGAAUCCACUUUUUUUUUUUGAAAAAUCUGUUUACUUUGUAUGUUUACAUAAUCUUUUGUCUAAACCUUGCACUGCUCCACAUGUACUGUAUUAGUGUGGAAUCAGGUGGAGUUCAGCUCGCCGGAGGCGGUCGGGGAUGACGGUUGGGUUUACGUGAGAAGGGCACUGAUUUCUAUCUAGAGCACAUCGGUUUUGAUGUCACAACGAUGUAUUAAAACUAUCCCCACCACAGUAUACUGUACAGAUACCACAUAUUUGUGUUUUGAUGGAGAGGAAGUCUAAAUCUGGAGAUCUGGUACCCAGUGGAGACGGUAGAUGAACCUGUGGAGGGAUAAAUGUGGAAGCCAAAGACAAGCCUGUGUAAUGUGAGUGUGCAUUUGGGAGCCUGAGUACGCAUCUUUUUUUUUUAUAUGUUUUAAAGCAGCGUAAUUUAAACCCAAUCUGACAAUUCUUCAAGGCUGCCCUCACUGCUGUGCAGUGGGCUCGACCAGCCACUCAAUCAUAGGUGUGCGAUGCUUUUGGGUCAAUCUGCGAGCUCCACAGCGGGGUGUGGAGCAAAGACGUGUGCAGACGGGAGGUAGAUUCAGAAUUGCUGUGACAAAGAAGGAGGAGGAGGCGGCAGAGGGAAGUGCUUUGGGGGCACUGAUGGUUCUGAAUGAAAGGUUUAAGCGGACAAUAUGGCUGUUUUUAUGGACUGUUCACCUGUGUUUAACCACAAAUGCUGGUAGCUUCAUCUCAAAGGAUCUGCACAGAUGAAGCAGCUGGCUGAGAUUUUUUAUGGUUUUCUCAUAAAAACGGACAGCGGCAUGAGGAAACGGGAAACUGAUGAAGAUUUCCCAGCUUUCAGUUCUAGAAGCUACCAGCAUUUGUGAUUUGUGUUUCACUUGCUGUUAUUGUGAGUUUCUCUCAUUGAUUAGUUUGUGUACAUCAUAUAGUCAUAAAUGUGUUUUGUCGUUUUGAGCCAAAUUACAGCCAACCUUUUUGCCCUUUCAUUUUUAUUUUGUAAUCUUCUUGUUUUUCUUUUAAAAAUGAGGGUGAAAAAUUCAAGGGCAGGUCGAUCUUUAUUUAUAGUUUUAUAAAGAAAGUCGAUUCCAUGCUUUACAUUUCUCAGCUUUACUACAUUUCUCCUUUAAAUGACGAUGCUCUCCAAAUGUAGUGUUUGCUGUUUGGAGGAAAUCCCUUUUUCCGUGUUCUUGAUGGUCACACCAAAACCUUUUCUCUGCUAACUUGAGGGUUCGACCAGAGGAGGGCUAACUGUCUGAGCCGAUGUGUGCACCAGUUGGGUGUUCCUUCACAGUUUACCCGGGAGAGCAACAACAGUCUUUGAGUCAGAGACGUUGAGGGGUAUAAAUGACCUUCACCUGGCUUUGUGUGCGUCUGCUUCUCUGUGUCAUGACUGCGGCUGGCGCGGUGACCUCACUUGUGAGUGAUGUGCUGCCAAGUGUGAAGUCUGAACCAAUAAACACUCUGCCCUUCUUUUUUUUACUCCACA